AUGAACAAUUCUUUUCUGCGAGAUGCUUUCCAAGUGCUUACCAACGAAGCCAAAGACCUGUUCCUGCCUGCUAGCAUACCGGAAACAUUCGGUAUUCCAAGCUCGCUUGAGUUUGUUCGUGAUAAUGUAGCAAAAAAUCUUCCUCUGAUAAUGCGCGAAGCGAUAAACGAUUGGCCGGCGGUGGAAAAAUGGAACUCCAAGUACUUUCGAGAAACACUUCCGGGCAAGGAGGUGACUGUAGCUAUCACACCCAACGGCUAUGCCGACGGUUUGGCCUUUCACGAGGAGGAAGAAUAUUUCGUCCUUCCACUUGAGGAGAGCAUGUCUAUGGAAGAAUUCUUGGAUGCACUGGAUCAUAAGAACCCCGAUGCUGUUCCUUACAUACAACGCCAAAAUUCAAAUCUUACCGAAGAUUUCGAAGAGCUAUGGAUGGACGUUAAUGAAGGUAGCCUUGAUUUUGCAUCCGAAGCAUUCAAUAAGAAGCCGGAUGCCAUCAACUUUUGGAUGGGUGACGAUAGGGCUAUCACAUCCAUGCACAAAGAUCCGUACGAAAAUAUCUAUUGCGUGAUUUCGGGAUACAAAGACUUCAUUCUGAUACCACCGAUCGAUCUUCACAAUGUGCCCCGGCGCCAUUAUCCGAUGGGCAUUUUCAUGCAGGAAAACGAUGACAAAAUAGUGAUUGAACCUAUUCUUGAUGAAAUAGGUAAACCACGGCUUAUCGAAUGGGUUAGCGUUAAUCCGCUUGAACCGGAUCUGGAACGAUUUCCAAAUUAUGCCGAUGCAACGACCUACGAAAUUCGAUUGAACGCCGGUGAUAUGCUGUACCUACCGAGCCUGUGGUAUCAUCAUGUCCGACAAAGUCACAAAUGCAUUGCUGUCAACUUUUGGUACGAUAUGGAUUACGACGCACGCUACUGUUUUUACAAAAUGAUGGAAAAGCUUUGCAAUUAUGGUCAAUAA